GUCUGUUCCUCGGUCCACCUCUUAUUCCUUCUGUGCACAUUGCUUUUGCGUGUACGGUACCUUGCAUCUGUAUCUGGCCCAGUUUGUACUUACUGUCUGAAGUUUUCAAGUCGGAUCAGCGCCGUCAAAUGGACGGGUUUUCUUCCAGAACGCCGAAUUUUGAAAUCGAAACCAACCUGUCUUCAUUCUACGGACCAGCCCGCAGGAGACCUGAGAACUCUUUCAAGUAAGACAUCAUAUUUACAUACUAACAGCGACGUUAUCCUGCUUCCUGUUUCUUUUCCUCACAACAUGUCCGCCAAAGACACAAUAAGGCAAAAUAAACUAGGGAUUAUAGAAACUUUGUGUCGGUCAGACAACCACAACCGGAUCCUCAACAAAGCCCGCGAGAACAAACUGAUAACUCAACGACAAUGUGCCAAUCUGGCGAGCACCAGCAGAGAAGAUGUGGAAAGACAGGCCGUGGAUUUUAUAGAUCAGAUUAUAAUGAAGGGAGAAGACGAGUGCAAAGGCUUCCUAAACCUCCUGGAGACAGACGAGGCCAGUAAGACAGAUGUUCCUCCACCGCUGACCUUCAGCCAGAGAGAGGCCUGUCCUCCACCACCUCCAGUUCACUCUGAUGUUCAUCCACCAGAGAGCAAAAGGGAAAAAAAGGAUGACCUUUACCAGUUGAACAGCAAGCCCACCGGGCUGUGUGUCAUCAUAAACAACGGCAAAUUCAUGGAUGGCAGCGAGAGGCGUGGAACUAACAAAGAUGCUGAGAGCUUGGCCGAGGUGUUUAACUGGCUGGGCUUUAGGGUGCUGACAUGUCAGGAUCAAACCAUGGACCAAAUGGAGCGAACGCUGAAGUGUUUCGUUUCUCUGAGUAACUUCGAUCAGCUGCAGCUGAAGCUGGAGUUCAAGGUAGAGGAAUGGCUUGACUCCAAGUUCACUGAUCUUGAUCAGUACCUUCAUCACGGUGAUGCUUUCUUCUGCUUUGUCCUGAGUCAUGGAGAGAAGGGUGCAGUGUGUGGGAUUGACGGCAAACCCCUUCCCAUCAAAAGCAUCACAACUAUGUUCAAAAAUACUGAAGAGUCAGCCCUUAAAGGCAAGCCUAAAGUGUUUGGAAUUCAGGCCUGCCAAGGAGCUAAAAUACAGCAAGGAGUCGUAGUGGAUGAAGUGGAGGCUGAUGAUAAUGAUCCACAUUCUAUCCCAGAGCUGGCCGAUAUGCUCAUCGCUGUUGCCACUGUUGAAGAUUAUAAGGCAAUGAGGUGUAUCGAAAAAGGGAGCUGGUUCAUCCAGUCUCUGUGUGAUGAGCUGAAAUGCGGUUGUGACAGAGGAGACGAUAUCAGCCGAAUCCUGCACCGUGUGAACUAUGACGUCAGCAGGAAAGAGGCAGCUCAACAACCCGGUGCAAAGAAGCAGAUGUCCGAGUUCACAUCCAGACUGACCAAGACACUUAUACUGUCACCACCUAAGAAGUGAAUUUUAGUCACCAUAAUACAGAAUAUUUGGAGGGUUUUUGACUUGUUUUCAAAAUUUGAAGGUGAAAUAAGGUUUUGUUAAAAUCUUUUCUAUCUUUUUAUAGUAUCUCUUUUUUAAUCAUUCCAAUAUUGACUCUGUUUGAAGUCUUGUCUUUUUCUACCACCACAUAUUUUCUUAAAUAAAUUGAACUUG